GGCUCGGGAGGAGGACCCAGCGAAGACAAUGUGACGGGUCUUUUGGUGCGGUCGACGGCUACCGAUUGGGCUCGCGGCUCGUUGCUCGCAGUCGAUGCCGGUUCACAUCUCGCCGCCAUCACCCGCAUCUUCGAGAAGAACCUGCCCAACGAGGCACCCGCGCCGGAACUGCCUCCCCAGCACUCGGAAACCGAUGGCAUAUCGUCUCCCACAUCGUCGCCGCCGACUAGGAAUCCCAUUCAACCGAAGACGCUACCAGAACCCAUCGUGCUCGACAACGGUCCCUUUGCCGGCCUGUCUCUCCCGCAUGCCUCCGCUCGCGCCAAUGCAGCUCAUGUCGUACGUGCACACGUCUCAACCUAUCUGAUCACACAUCCCCACCUCGAUCAUCUCUCAGGCUUCGCCAUCAAUACAGCCGCUUUCCAUGCCACAUCGCGACCAAAAAGACUGGCAGCCCUACCCUUCACCGUUGAAGCGAUCAAGAGGCAUAUCUUCAACGACGUUAUAUGGCCCAAUCUGACAGAUGAAGAUGGAGGAGUUGGCUUUGUCAGCUUCCAGAGGCUACGAGAAGGUGGUGAUAUCAUGGUUGGCACAGGAGAGGGCAGGGGAUACAUCGAGGUGUGCGAUGGUCUCGGAGUCAAAGGCUUCAAAGUGAGCCACGGCAACUGCAUGAAGGAACCCCAACCGACUCGCUCUCAGCGUGGAUCGCUGGGCAGCAUUUCGGAGCCGGACUACUCUGCUUUUAAGGGAUCGGAUUACCGGAAUCUGCCAAUACCUCAUGUCUUUGGGACACCAGGCGAACAAACUCCAGGCCACAACUAUUAUUCUCCUGGCCCACAUGGAAGGAGUUUUACCAGUGACCCGACACCACAACACUCGGUAGUGGAUAGCACUGCCUUCUUCAUCCGAGACUACGAGACGUCCAAGGAGGUGUUGAUUUUUGGCGACGUCGAACCAGACAGCAUAUCGCGUCGAAGCUCGAAUGGGCUGAACAUAACGAUGGACGACAUAACUGACAAUAAGAAACGGACCAAGAGCGUCAUCACCAGAUCGUCUAGCAUGCAACCUCGACGCGGCAGUCUUCCUUUGAUGGUGCCCGAAGAAGAAUCGCAAGCUAACACGCCUGAUUAUACGGGCACAGAGAGAAAUACACCUGUGCCCGUGGAUGCACCACUGCAAGGCGUCAAGGUGGUCAUCAUCCAUAUCAAGGACACGAUGGAAGACGGGCCACAUGUAGGUGAACGUAUAUUGAUGCAGCUCCACGAGCACGCUGAUGCUCUGAGCCUCGAAGGAUUUGGCAGGCUCGGCUGUGAGUUUGUCAUUAGCAAGAGCGGAGAAGAUUAUCAUUUC